UCUUCUGAGGAACAUCUCUUGAGACAUUACAAGUCAAGAGAGGAUACAGGAAAUCUGAGAAGAAAUGACCUGGCUGAAUGUCAUUCUCUACCUCACAACCAUCUCCAUGGUACAGGGAUUGCCAGCCUUUAUGCAAGGAACCCAAAAAAGAAUUCCUCUUCAACAAUCUAACCAUGGAUUAGGAACUUCAAGCAGUCUUGAUGGACAAGCAUCCUCUUCAAAUAAGAAGUACUCACCAUUUAUGAUGCAGCUCUAUCAGAGCCUCAUUAUGGGGAUUGACACAGGUCUGUCCAGCCUGGAGCAUUCCCUCCUUCAAGAUUCAGAUACUGUCCUAAGACUUACUGCCAAAAGAUGCACCAAGAUGGACAAUCAUCGAUCACUCUACUUUGACAUGUCCUCUCUCUCAGGCAGUAAUGAGAUUCAAUUGGCAGAGUUUAGGAUUCAACUUUCUCCUACAGAGAAAACACAAGAUAUGACAUUGCAUAUUUACCACAGCGAACAAGGUUCCAAGAGACUGCUUCUCAAGUCUUUUCACAUUGAUUCCUCUGUAACAAUGGGUGGCUCCUGGAAAGUGUUUAACCUCACAAAAAUUUUGAAUGCUUAUCUCAACCUUCGUCAAAGUCCAGAUUAUGAAGACAUCAUGGGUGGUGGAACCACAUCUCAGGGGGAUCAUGAGAACGCUUGCACAGACAUAUCUACUGACAGAGUUGUAUUGAUGGUGUUCACCAAGGACAACCCUUCUGCUAAUGUCAAUGGAUAUCCCAACCUCAUCCAAACAGUGGAGUCUUCUAAAUAUGUGAUGACACCAGAAGUAAAAAGUGAACAAGGUAUCAAAAGGCACAGGAAGAACAGGAAUACAAAAGACAGCAUCAUAAUGAACCACUUUCCAUCCAGAACUGUGGAGGAUGGAGAACCCUUGUGUGAAAGGGUUGAUAUGAUGGUGGACUUUGAAAAGUUUGGGUGGGGAAAUCUGAUUAUCUACCCAAAGAAUUUCAAUGCCUACAGAUGUGAAGGAGCCUGCCCCAUUCCCUUAAGUGAGACCUUCAAACCAACCAACCAUGCCUACAUUAUGAGUUUGCUGAAGCUAUUCAAUUCAGAUAAAGUUGAAUGUGCCUCCUGUGUCCCAGUGAAAAUGAGACCUUUGUCCAUGCUGAUGUAUGAGAAUGGAGAUAUAGUAAUGAAACACAACGAAGAUAUGAUUGUAGAAGAAUGUGGAUGUCAUUGAGGAACUGCUAAAACAUAUGUGUUGAAAAGAUGCAAAGUAAGCAGUGACUUUAAGGGAAUAAUAGCACUUUGCAGUGUCUGGUGAAAGGCCUGAUGAACUCUCUGCUUUAAGUUAAAAAUAGUUCAAAAACGGAAAACUGGAGCCAGAGGAAUAAAAAUAAACUUCCAUUG